AUGCGACUCUGGGAAUUAGUCUACAGCAAACCCGAUGGCCAUUAUUUACGAGCUCUUUGUUUGUUCUUAAAAUACGAAACCAAAAUACAGUCUCUGCCUAUCUCCAACUCUGAUGCACUGUCUGAACUACCUUUCGAGAAUGGAAUAAACCACCAGUCUUGGAACAUGACUACCCUGCAGCAUGCCACCACCGGCAACCUCAACGGAAACCGACCGCCUUCACCAUCGGGUCAAGUCGAGAACUUGGAAUCGGUUAUACUGGGAACAGGCGCGGCGUUGAUGCCCAUCACUGUCGCCAUCGCGAUGGUCCGGAUUGCAACCGGGCGGGCAGUUUCAAAACUGCAUGUUGACGAUUUCGCCCGGCUAGGCGUAGCCCGUCACGCCUGGGACAUCCCACUUACCAGCAUCAACCCUCAAGUCUACCAAGUCUGGGCUGCGCACACUGUUUUGGGUAUCAUCUCCUUUUUCAACACCAAGGCCCUCAUCCUGACGUUUUAUCUCCGGCUUUUUGGGACUGUGCGCUGGGUGAGGUGGAUGUGUUACUCUCUUUUGAGCCUGUCGGUGGUUAUAUACGGUAUGAUUGGGCUCUGGUACGUCGCUGGUUGCGUACCCAAGAACUCGAAGCUGCCUGUGUGUGAUGAGACAGGGCCGUUGAUAUUAGCGGGAGGGGUGUUCACUGUGGUGGCGGAUGUGAUGUUGUUUGGGAUGCCGUUUCCGGUUAUCAGGGGGUUGAGGCUUGGGAGGGAUAAGAAGAGGGGGUUGGUGGUGUUGUUUGGGUUUGCGAUUCUGUGA